AUGGCGCGAUAUUUAGAGCCUGUCUUCCCAGACGAUGUCGCUGCGACAUCUUUGGCGACUGUAUGGAAAGGAGAGUCUGAAUUGGAUCGUGGCGAACACCACGAACGCUUGGAUCUCCGAGUUGAUGGCACCUUUGAGCACACCAUCUCCCACCAGAUCGGCGACUCGAAUCAUCACAGCACGUCGAGCUGCCGAGGUCGCUGGGAGGUGCGCAAGGUGCGGUACAUGGGCGCAGAUCUCUCCGCGGACGGCGACCGCGAGAUCCGCUUCUUGUCAGAUGGGAUGACCCCGCCCCUCACCGACCGCCUCGUGGUGUGCGGUGCGGCGCCGAAUGUGAACGGCUUCUUAGGCGUGGCUUGCCGGCUCUACCCGAGUACAGAUGAGGCGGAGAGCCAGGGCCAGAACGAUCAGGCGCCGGCGAUCCCCGCGAACGACAGCGUCAGCGACGCGGAGCUCGCUAUCCUCUCGGAGACCACGGGCCAAGCAAAGGACCGGUGCCUGGCGGCGCUGAUGAGCUGCAGCGGCAGCGGCGUGGCGCGCCUCGAGGCCGCGGCGGCCAAGCUGCUGGAGGAUGAGGAGGAGGAGGCGGACGCCCCGGGAACCGCCUUUCCCGGAGCUGGGUCGGAGGCGGAGGCUCCGGGCGACGCUGCGGAGGCUUCGAAGGUGGCGCAGCUCGCGGCGUGCACCGGGCGCUCGGAGGAGGACUGCCGCGCCGCGCUGCGCCAGUACCAGGAGAUGGACGCCGCUGCGGAGGUCUUGCUCACGGAGGAGGCUGGGGAGGAGGUCUCCUCGCCGCGCAGACCGCCGCCGCCGGACCUGGACCCUGCACCCCGCACGCCCAAGGAGGCGUUCACCGACGCGAACCUCACGGACAUUGGGCGCGAGGCGACUGCGCUCAGAAGGCUGGUGGAGCUGACAGGGCAGCCGUUGGAACGGUGCCAGGAGGUCUUGCGCCAAUGCGCCGGGCCGGAUGAAGCGGCGGCCAGGCUGUUGGGCAUAGAGGAUGCGGAGGUUGAGCCUGCAGAUGCUGAACCCGAUGCAGAUACUCAACCUGAUGCAGAUGCUGGACGUGAGGAACCUCAACUUGAGCAACCUCACGCUGAGCCUUCGGGCGGUGAAGAAUCUGAGCCCGAUUCAAAGCGGCCUAGGAGAAGUCCGGAACCAGCGCAUUAA